AUGGCAGCAUUCCCUCCUCCUCCUACUCCUACUCCAGAACAACAACCCUACCAUCACCCCGAGCCGGGAUUCGUAGACUCCAUGGCCCGCCUGACCACCACCACAGACGACCCCACCACGCGCGACCUCAUCAGCAUCCAAAACCUGCAACUCCCCCACGGGAUCCUCGCGCCGGACGUCUGGGGCAAUUCCAAAGAACAACCCUGCCUACUCACGCUGAAUCUGCUCUUCCAGAAGACAUUCGCAUGCCAUGAAGACCGGUUGGACGAUUCGACGAUCCACUACGGCGCUCUGGCCAAGGAGAUCCGCAAGCGGAGUACGCAGGGGCAGACGGCGGAGGGAGUAUCGCAGCAUGUAGAGCGCGCGAUACGGCUUUUAGGGGCGAAGGAGGGGAGGGGGUUUGUGGUGGCGAGGAGUACGGUGGAGGUGAAGUUGCCGAAAGCGAGUAUGUUUAGUGAGAGGGGGGUAAGUCUGUUGAGUACGACGGGGUAUGAUUUGGAAGGGAAGGUGGUUGAGUUUUCGCGGGUGUUUAGAGUGGAAGGGAUCAAGAUUAUGACGCUGAUUGGGGUGAAUGGGUACGAGAGGAGUCAGAAACAGCCGUUGGUGGUGAGUGUGGCGUUGAAUUUGCGGGGGGAUGCGGAGGAGACUGGACAGACCGCUGCGUUGUUUAAUUUUGAAGCGUUGGUGGUACAGGUGAGUUGUUCGUUGUUUGAUUCUACAGUCUCGUGUGGAGGGGAGGUUUGGCUGAUAUGAUGUGUGGCAGGUCAUCCAAGAGACUUCGUUUGAGACGCUGGAGAUGCUGGCUGAUUUCACGAUUUCGCAGCUGAGGAAGAAGAUGCUGGAUGCUGUCUUGCCUGGAGCCCGUGUGCAAUUGCGGAUCGAGAAGCCCCGGGCGAUUGCUUUUGCGGAUGCGCCUGCUGUGGAGAUUAUUCGAGAUGUUCCGUCCUCAGAAGAUCAGGCGAAGCGGGCUACCAGAGUCGACAGUUCAGCGCCGGGGAAGGCCAGGGCCAGGCCGCCAUCUGGAGAGAGGAGCACGACUCCCGCAGUGGACUCAAGAGCCUCUUCGAGACUCAGUGUCAUCAAGCCGUACAAUGUCUGA